AUGCCGACGAGUGCCGUGUAUCAACCGACCACUGUAACUUAUGAGCAACAACCAACAGACCAGCGUUGGAAUUGCCCUAUCAGCUAUUUCUCACGAAGGGUGACAAGUAGUCUGAACCGGGCGGUCUGUAUCAGGCUAGCAUUGUGUCUUCUAGGCAGCACACUCUUCAUUAUUGGUCUAGCGCUACUAAUUGCGGGGGGUAUGCAAUAUUCAAGCUCGCCUGCACCCACGCCGUCGCCACAAGACGCGGAUAACGGUAUCGGCGCACUCAUCGCAGGCGGCGUCAUACUUUGUCUUGGCUUAUUAUUCGCAGGUGUAGGUGGUUGGGCAUGGUCUGCUCGUUGGGGCGGUGGUAAGGAGGCUCCGGCUGGUGGAGCGGCAGCACUUACCGCCCUCAACCCAUCAACUGAUCCCUUGGUAGCAGCUCAGUACGCACCUGUAAGGGACGCACCGCCCGCACCUGAUGAUGAGAUGCGUAAUCUUAUGGAUAACAAGGAAUGUUUAAGCAGUGCCGAAGAGAGCGACAAGAUGUUGGAUGGGCGGCCGUCCGUAGCAUAA